CUAUCAGAAAGAUUGCAAUCCACCAAGACUAUCAUUUUUCAACACCCCACACAUUAUUCAAAUCAAUAAUGGAGAUAACAUGUGCACUUGUCUGUGAAAUUCUACUAGCAAUCUUGCUUCCUCCUCUUGGUGUUUGCCUCCGCAAUGGUUGCUGCACUGUGGAGUUCUUGAUUUGCUUGGUAUUGACCAUAUUGGGUUAUGUUCCUGGAAUUAUCUAUGCUCUCUAUGCAAUCCUCUGUGUUGAACGUGAACCGCGAAUGGAUAAUUAUGACACUCUUGCUUGAUCUUUGUUGACUAUACCAUUUCAGAUUGUGUGCUUGUUCUGUUGUUUUGCUUGUAAUUUAUGCCUUUGUUGCUUGGACUCUCCAAAAAUGCUGCAGUACAUGUUGGAUCUUUCAAAAAUGCACUGUUUUUGAAGGAUUUGGCACGUACUUGUGGGCAUUUUCGAAGGGUCCUUUUGUCUCCAACUAUGGAUGUAUUGUACUCUAUGUCACUUGUUCUGAAUCAACUCUUGCAGUUUAAGUGUUAUGGAUUAAUAAUUUAUAGCCUUUUGUUCUGAGGUUUCUAA